AUGAACCUGACUAAUCCAGCGGCGGAUGGUUUUAGUAGCGUGCAGUAUGACACAACGAUAGAAACAGACCUUCACACGACAUGGAGUUCGGAACUGAGCACAUCCGGUGAAUCGGCAGACGCAGCUUGCAAUGAACCCCUGACCUGGCCCUAUGCCAUCAUACCAUGCGUGGUCAUAUUCUUCAGUGGACUCUUUAUUAUUUUGACACUUAGAUUCUUUUACAAAAUGGUGAAAAAAGGCGGGAAAAGCUUUUUUGUUCCCGCCCAUUCAAAAUUAUUUUUAUUUCCCUUCCGUUUAUCGCGCCGCUCACUUACAUAUUCCCACUUCUCUGCCAUUCCCGAAGAUGCAAUCCUAUUUGCUCCCGUUUCCUGCACAUUCAUUAGCGUUAAAGUUUACCGAUUUAGGAAAAUUUCUGAAUGA